AUGAAGGGACAAAGCUCUGCAACAAUACCCUUCAUUUUCCCAUUCCUUUUGCUCUUUAGUAGCACUGUUUAUUGUCUCACUCCUUUCUGUGCAUCUAUUGAUCCACCAAUAAAGGAUAUCCCUGAUCUCAAAUACACCCCCAUACCGCUUCCGAAACAUUCUCAACAAAUUCUCAAUGACUUCCUCGAAUGCCUUGCGGUAAAAUUUCAGUCCACCAACCACCCUAUCAUGGAAGCCAUUUACACCCCACAAAAUACCUCAUUUCACCAAGUUUUGCUGGCACACACUAAAAACCGCAGAUACACAACGCUUGAUACUCCAAAACCUUUGGCUAUUGUAGCAGCCAAGCACGAACGCCAUGUGCAAGCAACCGUAAUUUGCGCAAAACAACAUGGGUUGCAGAUUAGAAUCCGAAGUGGUGGCCAUGAUUAUGAAGGUCUAUCAUACGUAUCGGAUGUACCCUUUGUCAUUCUUGACAUGUUCAAUCUUCGAUCCAUUGAUGUUAAUGUGACGGAAGGGAGGGUUUGGGUUCAGUCAGGGGCUACAAUUGGUGAACUUUAUUAUGAAGUUGGAAAGAAAAGUAGGGUUCAUGGGUUUGCAGCUGGAUCUUGUCCAAGUGUCGGUAUUGGUGGUCACUUUAGUGGUGGUGGGUAUGGUCCUUUGUUGAGAAAAUAUGGGCUUACAGUGGAUAAUAUUGAAGAUGCUAGACUAGUUAAUGUGAAUGGUGAAAUCCUUGAUCGAAUGUCAAUGGGAGAAGAUCUAUUUUGGGCCAUUAGAGGAGGUGGUGGAGCAAGCUUUGGAGUCAUUCUUUCGUGGAAGAUCAAAUUGCUUCCAGUUCCAGCCCAAGUGACUGUGUUUCAGGUAGAAAGGACGCUGGAACAAGGCGCUAAGGAUGUGGUUCAUCGAUGGCAAUACGUUGCACCUAAGCUCCCUGAAGACCUCUUCAUUAGAACAGCAAUAAAAACCAAGAAUGGCUCCCAAGAGGGCACGAAGGCUGCGGUAGCAAUAUUCUCUUGUCAAUUUCUGGGACGAGCAGACAAGCUUCUUCAAUUGAUGAAUGAAAGUUUCCCUGAGUUGGGUUUACAGCAAAAAGACUGCUUUGAAAUGAGUUGGGAAGAAUCCAUGAUAUUCUUGGCUGGUUGCCCAGUUGGAACUCCCCUAGAAGUUCUACUUUCUAGGCCAAAAUUGCCAGUAAUUUUCUUCAAAAGUAAGUCCGACUACGUGAAAAAACCAAUUCCAAAACAUGGUUGGAAAUCUUUAUGGAAAAAUCUGAUUACGAUAGAUCACUUGUUAGUGCAAUUGAACCCUUACGGCGGAAGAAUGAGUGAGAUUUCUGAAUCAGGAACUCCAUUCCCUCACAGAGCUGGAAAUCUGUUUUCAGUUCAGUACUUUAUUUCUUGGAAGGAAGAACAGAUUGAGACCAUCAAGCGGAAUAUUCAUAGGUCAAGAAAGUUGUACAAAAGUAUGGCUCCAUAUGUCUCCCAGAACCCAAGAGAGGCUUUGCAAAACUAUAGGGAUCUUGACAUAGGUGCCAAUCUGCACAACCGGACUAACUUUCGAACAGCCAGACGUUAUGGUAGCAAAUAUUUCAAGGGUAACUUUGAUAGAUUGGUACGUGUGAAAACUAUGGUAGAUCCCCAUAAUUUUUUCCACCAUGAACAAAGUAUUCCUCCCCUUUAA